AGUGAAACUUGUCAUAGUGCGGAAAGACGUUUGCAUGCGACGAUUAGUGAUUCAACGUGCGACGGAUAAUGAUUUUAUGCAUUUUUUUAUCGUAUCGCGCAAUUAGUUUUACAUUUAACGACAAACAAAGGAAUUUUCUUCUGUAACAAAGGCGAAAAGAUCGAUUAAUCAUGUUAAUCGGGAUUACAGUCGGUAUUUUUGCCGUUGCUCUCACCUUAGUGUAUAUUUAUUACAAGUAUGUGCUGUUCAAUUUCUGGCGUAAAAGAGGCGUAUUUUAUAUUGAGCCUGUUGUACCAACUGGCAAUGUGACUGAUUUUGUAAUUGGAAGAUUGUCAGUAGGUGAACUCUUUCAAGAAGCCUACAUGAAAUAUAAGCAUCAUCGCGUCUUUGGGAUGUACACAUUUUUCAAGCCAAACCUGAUGAUCGCCGAUCUCGAUCUCAUUCGAACGGUAUUGACGAAAGAAUUCGGCAGUUUCCACGAUCGCGGAAUGUUUUGUAACGAGAAAAUCGACCCACUGUCUGGCCAUUUAUUUCUGUUGCCCGGGAAAAAGUGGCGGAAUUUGCGCGUUAAAUUAACGCCGACUUUCACGUCGGGAAAAAUAAAACAGAUGUUCAUGGUCUUGAAAGAGUGCGGCGAAGAGUUCACGAAAAGUUUGGAGAGUAAAGCUCGCACGAAGGAUGUUAUCGAGAUCAAAGAUAUAUUUGCGAGAUAUUCGACGGACAUAAUUAUGUCGACGGCAUUUGGUAUAAAAGCCAACUGCCUAGUGGAGCCAAACAAUGAAUUUCGACGUUGGGGAAAGAAAACGUUCGAGGUGAAUGCGUUUUGGAAUGCUUUGAUGAUAUUUGCACCACAAGUUCUGAAUUUCUUUUCCAUUCCUAAUACGGAUCGCGGCGUCAGCAAGUUCUUCAUAAAAAUAUUUAAGGACAACGUCGAGUACAGGAAAGCUAACAACGUCGUCAGGCACGAUUUCAUGAAUCUACUCAUACAACUCAUGGAUAAAGGCUAUGUUGAACCCGACGUUGAUAAAGAAAACGAUAAAGUAAAUGAAACCGUUAACACGAAUAAACUCACUAUGCUGGAAGCGACCGCACAAGCCUUCGUCUUCUUCUUAGCCGGCUUCGAGACCUCCUCGACAACUGCGACAUUUUGUCUGUAUGAGUUAGCUCUACAUCAAGACAUGCAGGAUAAAGUCCGCCAAGAGAUCGAUGAGACGUUGGAAAAACACGGUGAACUGACUUACGAUGCUAUUAGCGAAAUGACAUAUCUUCACAAGGUAGUUCAAGAGUCCUUGCGGAAAUAUCCACCGGUACCUAUCUUGAAUCGUGUCUGUACUAAGGAGAUAGUCGUCCCGACAACAAACGUUCACGUGCCGGAAGGGACUCUGAUCACCAUAUCAGUGCUUGGAGUGCAGCGAGAUCCUUCGAUAUACCCAAACCCGGAUAAAUUUGAUCCUGGACGUUUCGACGCGGACCAAGUAACAACGAGGCAUCCUUACGCUUUUCUGCCGUUUGGCGAAGGACCGCGAGCCUGCAUCGGUACAAGGUUUGGGUACAUACAAACAAAGGUUGGAAUUAUAAGUCUUCUGUCAAAAUUCAAAUUUAAACUGCAUCCUCAAACUCCGGUACCAUUACUUUUCAGUGAAUCGCCAAUUCCGCUCUCACCCAAGGGCGGUAUACAUCUUUUUAUUGAAUCGCGAUAAUCUAGUUGUGUUCGCACAACUUUUAAAGAAACUAUAUAUCACUAAACUAUAUAUCACUAAACCGAAUAUAAUUUGAAUGUCGUUUACAUGUUUUAAAAGUAUAAAACUUUUAAGAUGUAAGGCUUGUGAAAUAAAACUUGUAAAAUAAAAGGUUCAUAAAAAUAAGAAUAGCAUUUGCAUAAUGGCUAAAAAUAUUACGACAUUGAAAUUUUUAAAUCAGCAGAUUACAAAUUUCUGAUUUUUCUUUCUUUAUGUACGCAUAUCCAACUCUUCCUCACACAUUAUAAUUCAUCUUUAAGUCAUGUAAGUAUAAUUCAUUUUUAAGUCGACAUCACCAGGUAAAUUAUAUUUGAAUUAUGUUUUGCGACAAAGUAGUGUCGUAAAUAAUUAUAUAUAACGCGGACUUUGUCCAUCUAUAAAAUAUUUUUAUUGCAAUAAAUAUCAACGAUUUGCAAUAAGUAUCAUCAGUGAUUAUAAUAAAAGUGAUUUGUCAUUACGUUCAGUUGACAGAAAAUCGUUAGACACAAAAUGUCAUGGGACUAUUAAACGAAUAUUUUGUCAUUUUUCAAUAUUUUCGAAUGUUAUAUGAUGAAUAUAUCCAAGGAUUGAUUUAAUAUA